CAAAACACACACACACCCCAUUAAUUAGAACACCUUCAAAUCAAAUAACUAGUGAAAACUCAUCAAGAAAUAGCCAUGGCAUACAGCACCAUGCCAAGGACCACAACCAUUUACAAAGAUUUUGAACCUGCAUAUGAAUGGUCUCAAGAACAAAACUCUGACACUCUCCUCAUUUAUCUUCCAGACUUCAAGAAAGAAGAUAUAAAAGUUCAGAUAGACAAUUAUGGUAAUCUAAGAGUUGAAGGAGAGCGUCGUCUUGAAAGGAACCAAAGGCUCAGGUUCAGCAAGGAUUUCGAAAUUCCGGAUAAUUGCAAUGUAGAUGAUAUCAGAGCAAACUUCAGGGAUGGACUACUUUAUAUUUGGUUGCCCAAGUUGAUCACCAAAGCCGAACUAGAAGAAGAAAAGCCAAAAGUAACACAAAAGCCGGAAGAACAAAAGCCGAAUAAUCAAAAGAAGGAGACAGAUGAGAAACAGAGCACAAGAGUGCAAGAAGAGCUGGAGAAGAUAGAGCAGCCUAAGAAAGAUCAUGAAAGAGAUGAUAAAAAGAAGGAAGAGUUCUCAUGGCCUGAUGGUAUUAGUGAAGUAAAAGAGAAGGAAAAGGAGGUUGGCAAUGGAAUGAAGAAGGAAAAUGGUUCACUUGCUUUGGAUAAGAGCCAGCAAAGAAAGCUUCUGAUUAAUGUUGCUGUCGCUUUUAUGGUUUUGGUGGGGCUUGGAAUGUAUGUCACCUUCAAGAUGAGCAAAUCUUGAUAUUGUAUAUAUAUAUAUAUAUAUGCAUGUAUAUAUGCUAAUGGAUUGAUUCAUAAUAAAGAAGCAA